CCUGGUUCUGUCGCUUUCUACUACUAGGUAGUUAGGUAGUUAGUCAUCGUCAGUUAUCAUAACUACUGUACACACCUCACCUCCGAGAGUAGUACCCACGACCCCAUCCAAAAUGCUCUUGAAACUAUUCAACCUCCUCCCCCUACUCAUUACCACCCUCCUCACCACCACCCUCCAAUCAACCACCGCCACACCCACAGACCCGACGAUCAAUAAUUUCUCCAAACGCUCCGCCUCCACCGUCCUCAACGCCGUCACUACCAUCUCGACCCAACUCAUCACCCUCAACAACACCGUAACCGCCUACCCCGGCGGCAUCGAGGGCUCCCUCACCGCCCUCCAAAUCCAAGCCGAGACCAUCCAGCUCGAAGUCGACCUGAAAACCGCCAUCAUCGCCGCCAAACAAUCCGCCAACUUCACGGACGAGGAGUCGCUGAGCGUGGCGCAGGCGUUUGUCGCCCUCGAGCCGACCAUCGCGUCGACGCUGACCACUCUCGUCAGCCGGAAAAAGGACUUUGAUGAUGGGUUGUUGGGGGUCGCCUCGUUGAGUUUCCUAGUGGAGUGGGAUUUGCAGCAGUUGAGCUUUUUGUCCUCGCAGCUGGGCAAGGCGGUGCUGGAGAAGUUGUCGGCCACGUAUGCGGCGUUGGCGCCGCUGGUGUUGGAUCAGAUUUCUGCCGCGUUUGCGAGUGCGAUUGCGGCUUAUAAGUAGGGACUCUAGA